AAGUGAACAAGGAUGCAAUGGUACUUCGUUGCCGCGCUUCUUACUAUUCUCACCAGUUCUCAGUUAGAUCAAUUGUACACCUAGAACUGAACGAGACACCGGCGGAUUUCCCUCUUCUCUCUUAAAGAACAUGACCACUGGGAAUUCUGACAACACUUUCACAAAGCAAUGGGGGAUAUAAGUAUGAUUAUGCGACAGUUCCUUUUCUUGCUGAAGUUUUUAAGCUUCUGGUAUCUAGUUUUCUCCUUUGGAGAGAGUGUCAGUCAUCACCUCCUCCAAGAAUGACUACAGAAUGGAAAAGCAUGCGCUUGUUCCCCAUUCCUUCCAUUAUAUACCUAAUACACAACAAUGUCCAAUUUGCUACCCUAACUUAUGUGGAUACAUCUACAUACCAGAUAAUGGGUAAUCUGAAGAUUGUCACAACUGGGAUAUUAUUCAGGCUGUUCUUGAGGAGGAAGCUAUCUACUCUACAGUGGAUGGCAAUUGUUCUAUUAGCUGUUGGCACAACUACAAGCCAGGUUAAAGGUUGUGGAGAGGCUUCAUGUGACUCACUUUUCUCAGCACCAAUCCAGGGGUACAUGUUGGGAGUUCUCUCUGCUUGUCUUUCAGCAUUAGCAGGUGUUUAUACAGAAUUUUUGAUGAAGAAGAACAACGAUAGCCUAUACUGGCAGAAUGUACAACUGUAUACGUUUGGUGCAAUCUUCAACAUGGCACGACUUCUCCUGGACGAUUUCAGAGGUGGAUUUGAGAAGGGACCAUGGUGGCAACGCCUGUUGGAUGGUUAUAGUAUUACUACAUGGUUGGUGGUAUUAAAUCUAGGGUCUACUGGUUUGCUAGUGUCUUGGUUAAUGAAGUAUGCAGAUAAUAUUGUUAAGGUAUACUCCACAUCAAUGGCUAUGCUACUGACAAUGAUUUUAUCUGUAUACCUCUUCAAUUUCAAGCCUACAUUGCAGCUUUUCUUAGGUAUUAUUAUCUGCAUGAUAUCACUACACAUGUAUUUUGCCCCUUCCAACAUGCUUGUAGAUUUGCCUUUGACUGUGAAGGCAUUACCACAAAGUCUUGAUGAAAUUUCUGUCAAUAGAACUACUGAUUCCUGAUGUAAGAUAACUGGUCAAGACGAUGAUACAACAAGGAUGUUUGAGAGCUUGGUAAUUUGGUUGAGAUUUAAAUUUAUCAACAAGGUGCCUCAUUCUCCCCUUCAAGUUUUCCUUGCAGCAUUAUUUCUCGGAUGUCACUGGUGCAGACUGGCAGAAUCAUCGUUGAUUUGAAAACAUCACUAUAGGAGAAAGACAUGUCAACAGCUGUUAAGCUGUGAAAUGUCAUUAUUACCUACAUUUAUAUAUCCUCUUCAAUCUAUAAUGUCCAACUAAUUUGACUAAUCUAUGAUAUCUCUUGUCCCGUCCAAUUAUAGACCUCACUCUUGACCUAACCAUAUGAUUUUUUUUUCUUUCGAAUUCACAGACAAAUUUUCCAGUGAUUGUGUAAUUUCAAAUGGUUAGAAUCUUUUGGUUAUGUUACUUCCAGGCUAAGGUGAUUGAUUUCAUUUUA